AAACGUCGCGUGCCCGGAGGUUUUGUGAAAUUCUUUGAUGUUUUAGAUGAAUCUGUGAUUGAUCUUUUUACUCCAGUGACUGAGAGCGCGUGAUGAAAGCAUCUCCCGUCGCCAUGGAGACGGAAUCUCGCCUGCGUCAUCCGACGAUAAACUUCUUCCUCCAGCUCCGGACUGAUUUUGUUCGCUCAAGUUUCUCCGACAGACGCAGAUUUAUUCCUCUGAUCGUGGAGACUUUCACAGAAACAGCGAUGUUUUCAUAAGACCUACAGGACUGAGAGUUUCCGAGGAUGGUCAGGAAAAGCGUUGUGGCGCGUCGUUCAUCGAAGCGUGGCUCUCAGAUCUCGGCUCUCAAACAUCUUUCUCUGCUGGAUCCGGCUCCCGCAGAACCUCCUCUGCUCCGGACCGCUUCACAAGAGAGUCCCGUCUGUCCAGACCGGGUUUACCUGCACGCGGCUGCCAUCUUUCAGAGCACACACCUGGAGAAACCUCCCGCUCACAGGCUCAUCAGCUACGGGAAGAGGUCAGAGGUCAGACUGCCGGUCGCCAAGGAUGAGGCGUCUCAGCGAUCAGCGUAUCAACUCGCCUUCAACACGCUCAAAUAUCAGGAGCUUCUGGAGGACGUCUUGAUUGACAGCUGCUUCUGUCUCUCACAGCCAAUGCCGCUCCACAGCAUGAGUCUGGUGGCCGUCAUGCUCAAUGACUUAAUGGACAGGAAGUUCCUCCCACGUCCACCGGCAGCCAAUCAGGAGGAGGAGGAAGUGAAGGCCGUGCAGGAAGUGGAGGCGUGUCUUCUCAGGUUCAGGACGAAGCUGGUGGCGUCUCUGGCUCGAUGUCGAAUCAAACACGAGCUGCUGACGCUGGAGAACAUGGUUCCAGAGCAGAUCAGACACAGAGAGGAGAGAGCCACGCUGCUGCCGCUGUAUGGCUGGAUCAACUCGCUCCGCAGCAGUUUGGAGGAGGUCAGUGAGGUGUUACACACAUCAGGUUUUUCCUGUGUUAAAUCUGUCGGGCAGCUGGAAGGACGGACCUUCUGUAAGGACCUGCACUGCCGCGAUCUGCUUGUGUUUCCCAGCAGUGUGAAGAACGAUCUGAGCAACAGCAGAUUACUGAGCGACGGCAGACUCAUUAUACAGGAUAAGUCGUGCUGUGUUGGCCCCUGGGCUCUGUGGCCCCUGCUGGCCGGCGGCGGAGACGUCCUGAUGAGCGGUUGUUUCUCUGCGCAGACGGUCGCACACGUGUCUGCAGUGGCUGCGUCUGCACACACACAGACUGAAACACACACGUCUCAGUCAGACGCUCGCGGUCGAAGCGCAGUGAUCGUGUGUUUGGGAGACGGAGCGCAGACACACACAGAGGAACUGCAGAACACACUCACCAAACUGAACUGCAAGAAUGUGAAGCUGCUUCCAGAUUCUCUCGAGUCUCUGGACGUCUCUGACGUGCGUCUGCAGAAGAUCAGUGUGGUGUUUCUGAUGCCAGCGUGUUCCCUGUCCGCCAUCAGCAACCCUGUCGAUUACAUAAUGCAGGAGAACAGAGACCCGCGGCUCAUGUUGGAUCUGUCCCAGGGUUCAGUCUCUCCAGAGAAAAUCCAGAUGCUCGUGUGCCAGCAGAGGAAAGUCCUGCAGCGCGCCGUCCAGUUUCCUCAGGUGCGGGCGGUGCUUUACUCCACCUGUUCUGUUCACCCAGAGGAGAACGAGGAAGUGCUGAUGACGGUCCUCUCACAAACACAGGAGAGUCACUCCACAGCGCCGCCCUACAGGUUGAGUUCUCCAAGUCUCCUGCAGGACUCUAUCAUUGAAGACGAUGAGGAAUCGGAGGAGAUGAAGGCCAGAUUCUUCAGACUGGAAGCAUCAGAUCAUAGUAACGGCUGUUUUUUAGCGCUGCUCACACGAGAGCCUGAACCAGAAGUGAUAGAAACGCCACAGGAAGUGCUCGCUCGCGCAGCGGCCAAAGGCUUGUUAGACGGCCUCCACCCAAACCAGCCAAUCAAGAAAGAAGGCAGAGGCCGACGGUCCCGUAGAGCACCCACCAAUCAAAAACGCUCUGUGAAGACACGCCCACACGCCACACAGAGCGACCAAUCACGUGUAGCAGAAUUUCUGAACCGUGAGAUGAAAGGAAGCAGCUCAGAGCCGACAUUGAGUCAUCAGAACGGAAGAACUCAAUCGCCUCGGAGUCCGGCACACUACGAUCAACCAUUAAGUUCUCAACGUCCCUCUCAGAGCGGUUUCUCCAGGACAGGCUCCGCCCCCAGCCCCGCCCCUUUCUCCAAGACAGGCUCCGCCCCAAGCCAUGCCCCUUUAUCCAAGACAGGCUCCGCCCCAAGCCCUGCCCCUUUCUCUUGUUCAUACCAUAAAAGUUCGAAUCAUUUGGUCGCGGCUGUGGUUUCCACCAAUGAUAAUCACUCCUCCCAGCCUCCCACUCCACCCAAAGGCCGACAGGAAGUGCUUCGGCCUGCGACUGUCACAUUUCCUCCGGUUCUGUUAAGUGACGGUCUUCUUCCUCAGAGGCGGAGCCACGCCCUUCCAGCCCGCCCAAGCCCCGCCCACACAAACCUACAGUGGCGUAAUUCUACACCAGCCCUCCCUCGAAACCAAAUCCUCUUCAGACUGAAUCAUCUGCGGCCGUGGCUCUGACACGCUUUAGUCAGUAUUUCACUCGCUUUUUUAAAAUGUA